AUGCGCGUCAUUAUUUACUUCGCUAGCUUCCAGUCUUUUCCCUCUUUCGACAAAAUGGCGGCUGCACAAGACAGCAUUAUUGUGAUCAUGAAUGAUGGCCAUUAUCAAUCGGAAAUGACCAAGGCUGGGGCCAAACUAGUCGUUGUAGACUUUACAGCAUCAUGGUGAGUUACCGUUGUGAAAUUUAUUGACCAGAUAAUGCAUUUCAGGAUCGCAUGGUCGUUGCAAUUGUUAUUCGUAGAACGCCUCUGGUACACAGGUCACUUUUUUCUACAAUUCUAAUAAAUUCGGACACUCUCUUCACGGUGAAACUUUCCUAAUUGUUGAUGAAGUGUUCUUUUUUAAAUCAGCUUAAGAGAUUUUGCUGUUAGAGCUUACAAAUGUCCUUUAAAUAUGUACAAAUAGGUUACACGCUUUCGCAGAACUUUUUCUAGACAUGACUCAGCGUAAUAUAAAAGACCUCUGUGUUUCCCUGAAGUCUGCAAACGUUUUGUCCUGGUAUAGAAGCUUAACACUUGACUUCACUGAUUUUCUUUGUUUUUUUUUUUUCGGAACUCAUUUGCAAUCAUAAUAAUGUUUUGAAAAAAAAUUAUUCCUACAAAAUCUUAUUCAAUUUUUUUAAAAUAAAUGCUUGUACCCCAAUGAUAUAAAAAUGGCCAGGCCUAAAAGCGAAGCUGUCAAUAAGCCUCUCUGCGUUAAUUAUCGGCAGUGAUUUAAGGCUAAUGGAUGAAAACCAUUGCAAUUACUUAAUAACCACCAGGCAGAAACUUAAAACAAAACCAAUAACAAAAAACAAAAAGAUGACUACAUACCACCUCUACUAACUUGGCCAAACUUCUUUGAAGUAUUAAUGUUCCUGGGAUGGUAAAUUAAGAAACAUAGUACAGUCUACUACAAGUAACGAUAUUAUACAGACAUCCAAUCUCCCUUCAGUUCCCCUUCCUAAUACCCACUGCCUGUCCUCCCAUGUUCCAUAAUAUAUUACCAUUCCUUUGUCUUUAACAGCAAGAAUGUGCUGCUCUUGCUCUCUCUCCUCAUUGCCAAUAUCCUUGUUUCCUAUAGGUGUGGGCCUUGCAAGUCAAUUGCUCCAAAAUUUGCCAGUUUGAGUGUAAAGUAUCCAAGUGCUGUGUUCCUAAAAGUCGAUGUUGAUAAAUGUGAGGUUGGUAUAGUUUGCUAUAUUGUGAUUCAUAUUCAUAGAUCAUAGCUAUUAGCAUAAAUAUUUGCCAGUCUCAAACCAUAAAACGUGCUUUAGUUUUUUCAUGGCCUUUUUGCUCUGAACUUGACAUUAUCAGUAAUUCACCAGAAAAACAAACAAAAUAAUCAGCUUUGUACACACAAAAAUACAUGAGAAAAUUUGCAUGUAAAAUUUUACACGCGGAUUAUCAUAAUUUGCAUGUAUUUGGUUUACUUGAGUCCUUACAUUGCUGGCUGAGUGAGUGCAAUAAUUGUACUUGUGCAGGUGGCUUUGUUAGCAUAAAUCAGUUGUUAGUAUUAAGUUAUCUGGGCUAAAACUGAUCCAAGGUUUUAGACCAAAUGAGCAUUUUUUUAAAAUAUUUACAUGUGCUUCGCUUGAAACUUCGUUAAUUUUGUAGACUUCACAGAGAUUAUAAAAGGUUUCAACUAAAAUCAGUUUCAGUUUAAUAUCAAUUCACAACUAUUUUGAUAGACCAACUACUCUAUAAUGUGACGCUGUAAUUUGCAUCACUGUUUUGGUGACGGGUCGCUUCUACAUGUACCGGUAUUUUGUUAACAGCAUUUCAUCUCCUACUUUUAUUUAGCUUGCUGCUUUGAGUAAUUUUCUUUCACAAUGCUGGCAUCACUCAAUCGCGUCUCAAAGCAAACAAUCUGGCGUUACUGCAAGAACUAAUUUUAGCCCCCUGGUUUUAGUUUUACCUGCUAAGGAAAGGUUUUCUUUUAAGGUCUUCAAUUUCAAGUUAUGUUUUCUGCUAAGAGUGUUUAUAUCUUUAUCAAGAGCAAAAAAAAAAAAUAACACGCUGCAUUUUUAUCAUUUGCACAAGCUUCUAUUUCCAGAAAACGUAAGAAAUCUAACUACUUUAAACGAUUGUUGUAACAGACGGCGUGUGACAAAUAACAUGCAAAUUUGCAGUGAAAUUGUAUGCAAGUUUAGUAAUGCAUUGUAAUUUUUAAGCAACAACUAAGGACAUAUCGUGAAGCUCGAUGCUAAUUCAAUGUUAGAAUUUAUAAAGGCAGUUGUAAAACAGAAACCUUGUGUUGUCUGUAAAAUUUAGUGCCAAUUGUGCGAAAACAAACCUUCUAGUCAUCCCGAUUGCUCAAACUCUCACUAACUGACUGACUCCUAACUCGAACAUUUCUCUUACUCAAGUCGAUUUCCCCUGGAAUUCCUUCACACAGUUACUGUAAUUUUACCCUGGCUAACUUGAAGUAAUUUUUUUUUCCCUACAGAUCAUUUCUCUAUAAUUUUAACCGCGAUAACUCGAACAAUGUUUUAAGUGCAUAGCAAGUCUAAAAAAACAGUGUACUGAAGUCCAAAACAUUGAACUUAUUUCAAAACAACAGUCAGCGUGGCAAGUAACAUGCAUCCAAGUUAACAUGUAAAAUAGCGUAUUGUAAUUUGAAACCCCACUUCAGCCAACAGCCAAGGAAUUUACAUCACAUGAAUCGUUGAUUUACAAAACAUGACAUUUGUAAUAAGACAAAGUGUCUAGUAAGUUGUUUUUUUUCUUUUUCACUGCGAAAAGACAUAUUUUCACAAUGUCAGCAGCCAUAUUUGCUGUUGUAAAGAAAUACACACAACUUGCGUGUAUUUUUACAAGCAAAAUCAGUCGCCUUAAAAAUACACACAAAUUUGCGUGUAAGAGGUCUGCGUGAAAGAGCUCGUGUAAAAAUUUACAUGCGAGUUUUUUUGUGUGAAUUUUGUGUGGAAAUACACCAUAUUGAAUGCAAUUUAUGCGCUUGUAAGUGCUGCAAUGCCGUGGCCUGCACUGUAUAAGCUCUUGCUGUUGUUUCCAAGGGAAAGUGGUUUUUAGUUUCUGGGUGAAAGCUUGAUAAGAUGCCUGGACACUAGAUAUUACAAUGUAGUUACUUGUUGAAAGAAAACUUUCAUAACUUUCUAGAAAGUUGCAGAAAGCAGCAGUUCUUUAUGUAGUUUCAAGAUAAUUAAGUGUGCUACUUUUGAAAGAAAAUUCAGAAAUUUUCCUUGGUAGAAGUUAUAGUGGUUACAAGUGAAAGUGGCCAGAAACUGGUAAAAAUACUGUUCUCAUGUUUUUGUUGUGUAGUAGCCCAGUUAGUUUGUUUUUAGGCUUCUCUGGCAGAAUACAUGAAUUUUUAUUAAAGUGUACAUGUAUAUGAUAUUGGUUCUGUAACUUUCACAGGACAUAGCGAUGGCAAACAAUGUGUCUGCCAUGCCCACGUUCAAGUUUUUCAAAGGAAAAGUAAAGGUUGAUGAAAUGACUGGAGCUGAUGAAAAGAAGCUUGAAGAGAAAAUUAAAAAGUGGAUUGGAGAUGAGAGUAAUGAUGUUGGAGUCAAGGGACAUGUAAGCGCAGUAUAUGCAGUUGCCUUGUACUUCUUAUGGACCCCUCAUAAUUAAUUUCCGCAACUUUUUUAACAUUAUCACAAAAUUUAAAGAUCAAUUUACAGCAAAUUUAUUUAACAGUGAAUGGUUAUGAUAUCAUAAGCUGAGGCUUAUAAGCCCAGGGCUUAUGCAGCUGUACAUCUUCGUAAGAGGUUUUAGGAGGGGUUAUAAAAGGAAGGGCUUAUAUCCGAGGGCCGCCUGGUUAGCUCUGUUCGGAGAGCACCAGUCUGCUGAGCGGGAGGUUGUAAGUUCAAACACCAGGGGGACCAUCAACCAAGGUCUUUAAAAAACUGGUGAGAUUAUGCUAGCUGUGAAACCCCUAUCUCAGUUCAGAUGAUCAUGUCAUUGGGUGGUGACAUUAAGCCAUUAGCCUUGUCUCCUUCAUCCUUGUACUUCAGUUGGAAGAGGACGUAAAAGAACCUGUGACAUUGUUUGAAAAGAGUAGGGGAGGUAGGCCCCGAUGUCAUGGUCUAUCUGACUUGUGCUGUCAUUGGUGUGGGUGGGCGAGGUGUGAUCAAAACAUGAACUGAAGUGGCUGCAAGAGUGCGCCUUUACACAAUGUACAUGCUGAAGUCUGAUCUCACUUAACCGGUUCCUCUGCAAUUCAGCCAUUGGCUGCAGUGAGGAAAGUUGGUACAGUUUAUUUAUUAUCUUUAUUUUUUUAACUGGACCAGGAAAAGUGCUUCAAAACAAGCAGUGCUGACCACAAAACGUUUGCAUUUACUGGUUUUUAAUUAGGCUUCAAAAUGUCAUAAUUAAUCAAAUUCAUUUCAAUACAAGUGAGAGGGGCACUGAUAAUCAGAUGUAUUUUUUGUUAAAAUUCUUUAACCCAGGUUGAUAGUCAACUCCAUUUAGAUCCUUCUAAAACUGGCUUGGUUCAUAAUGUCUGUGAUCCAGGCCUAUUUAAAAGGAUUAAUGAUGGAGUCAUUGGAGAAUAGCAAGGCCUAUAUCUUGCAAUCAAUUUUGCACCGACCAGCUGAUUUUUCUUGUUCUUUCUGGAUAUGUUAAACAACUAACCUUUUCAACUUGUAUGUUUUGUUUUCCCAUUUCAGACUACAUGACUGUACCCCAGAGAAGUACAAAUGUUUUCCUUUGCACAUGCAUAUGUACAUGUAUGCUUAAUUUAUGAAAGGAAAAAAAAGCCAAAUUCCCUGGUCUGAAUUGGGAAAACAAAAUGCACAUUUGCUUUCCUCUUUAUCAGUCAUGAUUAGGCUAGAGUUAGAAGACAAAGGAAAUUGAAAAUAAAAAUAAUUUUAAAAGAUUACAUGUAUCUGAAAUUUAAACUGGUUCAAAAAAAAUGAAACCAACAAAAAUUGAACCAUAACAGAUACAUUUACAUGUUUUUGCUCCAGUACAUAACAGACUGUUUAUAAACAUUGCAUAAUACCAUCAUGUGAGGUAACCUUUAUAGGAAUGAAUAAUUUAGUAGAUAGUGUAUCACUUCUCACUUUGAAUUGCAGAUGGAUCUAGGAAUAUUUAUUAACAAGAGUGGAUGUGAAUGUUUAAAUGAAAGUGAUGACCAUCACCUGUCAGAAGCUCUGACUAAGGGUCCAGGUUGUUUGGAAAGUGAUUGUGAUGAACAGGUACAAUAUUUUUGUAUGAGAUAGCACAGUGAAACCUUGACGUAACAAACGGCCAAGGGAUUAGCAAAAUGUGUUCACUAUAACAAGGUUUUGUUAUAUACCAAGGUUCUUUUUCAUAUUAUAUUUUGCUAUUACUGGCGAAAAGAAAUCAUUCAUUGUACCAAGGACUUUGUUAUAUAGAGGUUUGCUAUGUCAAGGUUCCACUGUACUCAAAUUUGGAAUAUUGUAUUACAGUUAAGCAAGGUCAAGCAUAUCCCCCAAGUUUACAUUCAUUUUUGAUGAAUUUAUUAUUUGAAAGUUGAAUCCGUCAGUAGUUGAAUCUGUGCCUUCCUGCAUAUUUUAUUUUUAUUAUUGUCUACAAUGCCAUGGGCAGAGAAUUCACACGUGAGGUAGUUAUGUAAUUUUGAAUUUGAUGUAAAUGUCUUCAUUUGAAACAAUUUUUUUAUCCAUUCAAAGAUUUUUCAAUCGCACUGAAUACUGAGAAGUUGUAGCCAAAAUAUUUCACUGCUCAUCACACAUGCAGUAAUGCUGAUUCAAAUUUGGUACUGGUUGUGGCUCAAUUAAUUUCAGGUUCAUUUUUCAAAUAAUUAAUUCAUUAAUGAGAUCUAUGGAGGUACGCUGGACCUGGCUGGACUGUAAUGAAAUUGUCUUCUGUUAAUCUUGGUUGUGCUCAGUGACAUAGAUGUCCUUUUGUCCCUGAAUAUGCUGAAGUCAUUACUUUGUUCCUUCACCCAUACACAAAAUGAUCCUGUAGAGUUACAGUUAUGAAGGCAAUAUGAGACAAAUUUCAUCAGGGAGCACUAUCCUUGGGAAAAUAAAUGUUUUGUUGAUUUUUGCAGGCAUGACAUUAAAACUUGAAAAAGUUUCAAUCCAUGUCCAUCCUUGUCUUCCAUAGCAAUAGAUGAUAGGAAACAGUUUUAAUGCCUAGAUAAUUAUAGUCUUAAAUAACAUUUUUUUAAAAAUGGGCCAUUAUUUUUGGAAUUUAAUUGAUGCAAAGACUCAUUUUAGCUUUUCACUUUACUAACCAUCAAACUUGCUACAUUUUGAAACAUGACAAACUUCAGGAAAAUAGUUACGCCUAUAUGUCAACCUGUACAGAAUGAAUACCUUGUCACUUCCCUUUAAAUAAUUAUAGCCUGUUCCAGGCUCGUAGAUAGUGUGGAAGAUGCAAAAGUAAAAAGUCCGCGAAAAGUUGGUGGGGCGGAAAAAAAAAAGGAACUGCCCCUUCUCUCCCCAGUUUCCUCCCAUUUUAUUUUUAUGUUCGCACUUUCUCAAUUCAGCAGGCCUGACUAUCUCGGAGCCUGGAACACGCUACUUUAAAUAUUGCACCAAAAUCCUUAGCUUGUUGUCUCUUUGUUUCAGUUAUUGGUGUCAAUAGCAUUUAACCAGGUGGUCAAACUUCACUCACUCAAGAUACAGGGACCUGAUGAUGGUGAGUUGUUUUGAUCAGAUCAAGUUGAAUAGCAAGGUUUUUGUUUUCGGGGUAUAUUAACAGGCUGUGUUUAUAUUUUUUUGUCUGAUAGGCAGAGGACCAAAGACAGUAAAACUUUUUACUAACCAAACAAAGACGAUGGAUUUUGAUUCUGCAGAAAGCUUUGAAGCCUUACAUAAAAUUGAGUAUGUCACUAUCUUUCCAUAAACAUUGGAAUUGUACCAUAAUGUAUAAACAUUCAUUUUUCAAUUCCGUACAAGCAAUGUAGGUAACAACAAAGAAUAGGAUAAAUUAUUAUAAUUCAACUGUAUUUUCAGAGGCCUUGUUAGGGUAAAAUUCCGACAAUCGACAUGGCCUUGAAAAAUGACAUAGCUAAGGACAGAUGAAAUGUUGACAAUUAAUGACAUGAAGAUGGGUUGAAACUAUGACAGCAACAGGGAAAAUCACAAAUACAGUUGUACAGUACCGACAGCAACAUGGCCUUCCCUUCAAUAAGCGAAACGACAGCAUUUGAAAUUCUGGGAAUGAGGUUGAUAAUAUAUUGGUCAACUCAUUUUCCAAGAGACAAACGCAGCCCUAAAACGAAGUUAAAGGGGUGAUCUCUGCCAUUCCUCACCUUUUUUAUUACUAUCAAACUAUUAUUUUAAUAAUUAAUUUUGCCAUUCAAUAUGACUUGUAUAAAAAGGGUACACUGUGUUUCAUUCUGUACAGGUUGACACCAGAAGAUAUAAAAGAGGACGUAAUUGUUCCCCUGAAGUUUGUCAAGUUUCAAAAUGUUUCAAGUCUGACGGUUAGUAAAGUGCCAUGCAUUGUCUCAGCAGGCACAGUGAAACCUGUAUUGGGCGGACACCGUAUUAUGCGGACACUUUCUAUUAAGCGGACAGUAGCCGAAGUCCCCAAAUUAACUGUAUUUCCCUUUUUUUCUUCAAAUGAAACCUUUAUUAAGCGGACACCUCUAUUAAGGGGACGCGGACACCCAAAAAGUACCUGAAAUGGUCAUUUCUAUUGUUGCCAACCUCUAUUAAACGGACUCUUGUAAUUAAAUUCCACCACCCAACAUGCCAGACACUGGAAAUGCGAAAGAUUGCCAGCCACAAUUUUUUCGAUUUUUGCAUGACGAACUUAUUUGAUUAGUUUCACAGUACAGUAUUGUUUUCUAUUUCUUUUUGUUUGUAUAGAGCUUGUUUCAUUCAUCUGAUUUCUUCAAAUUUGAGUUGCAAUCUAUGUUUAUGGUACUACGAUCAAUUGGCCCACUUUACCUCAGAAUACUGAGAAAAUAGGGAGAUAAAAACUGUCCAGAACAAUACUUACGCAUAAAACUGACGUGAAACUACUCAUUUUUUAGUUGAAGUAAUAAACAGUUAACGACAAUUAAGAAAAAAAACUUGGUCACGUGGUACAAAUCCACGUUUGUUGCCGUUUGGCGUAAACGUGGAUCUUAAUCUGUCUAUAUUGUUGUUUCGCCUUUCUCAACUUCAAAGUCUUGACUUACACACAACAUGCUGUGUGAACAAGCUCAUUGUUACCAAGUAAAUUUUUUUUGCUUAUCUAUUCAGCUAUUUUUUCAAAAUAAUCAAGGAGGCGAAGAAACAACAGUGGUGGACUAUAUUGGGUUCAUUGGAAGUCCUCUAGACACAACGAAUAUGGACGAUUUUAAAAGGGUAAGAUUUCAUAACCUGCCUCGUACCCAGACAUCUCUCUUUUGAUGAAAUUGUGCGCGCAAAGGAAGGCGGGAAGGAGACAACGGGCGAGACGGCGCUUCGUCUGCCGUCUGUACCCUUCCCAUGGUCCCUUGCGGUUCAUCACCAGUCACUUGUUUCGCGCUCGCCUCUGCCCUGCGAAAAACGAAGCGCCUGAGGAGGAGGCUGUUUCAUGACAGUAAGCCAAUAAACCACGCCAGAAUUAAUUAUGAAGUUGCCUUCUCUCACUUUGGCUCCCGGGUUUGGCUGGGCAUGGUCACCCACGUCCUUUAGUUGCUAACUUUAAACCAGGAGCCGAUUACUUCUGCUUUAAACUGAAUGCUUGAUGAGUUGUAAAUGUAUUAAAUAAUAUCGAUUCGGCACCAGGUUUUGGUGGAAAGUUGCAUUUCACUUUCUUCGAAUUAAUUUGAAUUAUCUUUUGUUUCUUUGCAUUGAUUAAAUGUUAAGAUUUUGAUGCAACCCAGUUUUAGCACCCCUCCCCCCACUUCAAAAGAAGUGGAGCCCGUCCCCCCUCACUUUAAAAACUGCUCCUCGAGCCCUGAGACUUCCAUACAGACUAUUCAUGACUAUUACACCUCAUUCAGCUAGAGUACACUGUAUGAGAUCAGCCGUGGUUUAUCUUCCUUUUUUGUUUAUCAUCCCGUCCUAAAUAAGACUUUCUCAAAGCCCGUUUCCGGUUUCUGCUGUUUACGUCGCUCGUCUCGCGAAUUCCUCGCUGACUCGCUUUCUUGUGGCAAGUCUAGUCCUAAAUAAACUUUUUCUCUCUUAUGGGAGCCGAAAUUAGAGACCUUUAGAUUUGACGACGCGAUUUAACUAAAGGUUUUUUUCGCGUACGGGUUAUUCUCAAAAAGUAGACAAUCCCAGAAUUCAACCAGAAAGCUUCAUUGUAUGUUUUUAAACAGAAAAAUUAGUACGGUUAUUUUUGUUGGAAAAGAAAACCCUCUUCCGAUCGCAAAAUGAUAAAAUUUCUAACAUUUAAUUAGUUGUUUCCGCCGCAACGACUCACUAAAACGCGUAGGAGAAUGACGAUGGCUAUUACCUUUUUCCGCCAAAAUAACGUUGAUUCACGCGCGCGCACUACUCAUCAUUGAGAGAAUGUCGUCCUUGGAAUCAAAAGGUCUCCAAUGUGCUGAAUCGAAAGAUUGUGAAAGUUGUACACAAGCAAUGUACUGGUUUAUGACCAUGAAAAGUAAUCUCUUCACCUUCGGUAUCACUCUUACGCGGUUUUAUUAGUUUUUAGCUGAGGGUACCCUGGUUUUUAAGUGUUUUAUAACUGGGUUUUCGGAAUUUUUGUUGAAGAAAUACGUGAGCCUGUACUCUUUGGCCGUAACUUUUCGAGGAAAUGUAUGGGAACGUGUGCAUGUGUGUUUAGCCCACGCAGGUGGCCGCAUACACUACGCAGCCUUAUGAGUCUGCCUUCUACAUUCUUUCACAGAAAAAAAGGAAAAGAAACGGAAAAUCCUGUCUUGUUUAUAAUAUUUUUUUAUGUAUUGAUCAAUGUUAUCUUCUAGGUGGCUGGAAAGAAAGGCGACAGGCAUUAAGACGUUGGAUUAAACUCCGCAGUUGGUUUUGACUUGGUGUCGACCUGAAAUUGCUCAAGAUUAGCCUACUUCAGACUCCCGUACUUUUAUAAUAAGCUGUUUCAUUUCGCACACAAGCUACCAGAUAGUAGUUCAGUGUAGCACACAAUUUUACAGUUCUAGCACUAAAGCGUGAACAGCAAAAAAAAAAAAAAAGAAUGAGUACUUUGGGGAAAGAAUGCUUUUUAUAUUAAUACUACUGUGAACAAAAUUGAGAAGGACAUGCUGCUCUUUUAUUUUAAUAAAAAUGAAAAACCACAGGCAGCCCAAGCGCACUAUGUGUGGGUUCGGGGUUCAGAGGUCAUUUGGUCGGAAUAUACUAGAAUUAUUGGUGUAUUAUCUGAUGCCAAAUGAAUGCAAAAAUCUUAAAGAUAUGAAGUCUUCUUGUUUGUCUAUCUGUACUAGUAACCUUUAAGAUAACGAAGGUCAAUAUUUCUUGCUUUAUUACAUGUGAUUCGGGCCCUUCUUGUUCGAAUUUUAUCACAUGUAUUCGAAUCUACGACGCUAAGAAGAAAAAUCAUGAUAACGCGAAAAUUGAUUCAAAAAGUUCCCUUACCUUUAGUUCACAGCCACUCUGUAUCCUACGGCCGGUUUAAACGCCGUUUUGCGUGUUUAGUCGACUUUCUUUCCAUCGAGUACUGAACGCUGUACUUCUUUUAUAGUGUUCAACCUCGGCGUUCUUAUCAUACCACAGGGUGUCUAUUCAUCCUGUCGCCCGAGCCCCGUUCUAGGUAUUCCCGGUAGCCUUUCGAAUCCGGCCAUAUUUUAAGAUCAAAAUCUAGCAGCUUUCAAGAAACGGGGCUUACGAAAGUGUCUUCAGACAUCUCGAAGGCAUCACAGCCUAUUGUUAUGAACCAAGAGAGCAGAAGAUACUUUCCCGUGAGGUGAACUAGAGGGAGAAAUUAGCCUCGGCCGCCAAAAGUCCCUGAAUGAAUGAAGCUUUAUUUAAUCUCGGGUUUGGUGAGGUUGGUUAGACUUCUAGCAAUGAUUAUUUGUGCUAAUAAGCCGAG